GGUGUCGGUGCGGAGUAGGCGGAGCCAAGGCAGCGCGAGUGGGCGUGGCUUCGGCGAGUGCCUGACUGGUGCUCGUGCCAAUGGGUGGGAGCGAGAGAGGAGACUCUGGCGCGGCGGAGGGGAGAGCAGUGGGAGUGAGUGAACGCAUCGACGGACAACAGGAGAGCGAGAGAGAAGCUGAGGGAAAGAGCGAGGGAGAGGGUGGAAGACGAGGAGUGGGGAUGGAAAGUGUUCCGCGGGGGCAGUAACGCGAUCUGCGACGAAGCGGCAGCGCCCGCCGAAUCUCAUCCCGCGGGCCCUCGCGCUCCUCAGUCAGUCAUCCGACGCUCCGACGCGGUGAUUAUUCUCAUUGUAUCUCCGACUGACGGGCCUUUCCCCUCCUGUCGCUCUCACGCCUCUAGGUCCCCCACCCCCACCCCUGCUUUCCCAGCAUCUCUCGGACGCACACGAACGCACCAAUACGCGUGCCCUCCACACACGCACGCUGCCACCACGUUCCACUCGACUCUCGGCAUUGUCGAGGACAGUUCCUAGCAGGACACCGCCGGGCGCGUUUACACGAUUUUGUAUCUCGAUUUUUCAAAAUAACACGGCGUGUUUAGUGUGAACCCGUAUGACCCAGAGUCCCAGAGUGUAGCCAGGGGCAAAAGCAGGCAAAAGUGAUCGAUCGGGAUUGGAAAAGCGAAUCAAUAAAAAAAAAUAGUGUGAGUUUGAUGAGUGACAAUUCACGUUGGUUUUUGGUUUAAUUGAAAAUUGUGUGCCCAGUGAGGUGUUGAUUCGUGAGUGUUACGAUUGUCCACUUGAAAAGUCAAAAUACCGCCAGCGGGAUGUUAUGAGCACGAUUGGCAGGCUAAGGAUGUCCUCUAAGAGGAAGUCGCCACCAACAAAGUUAUCGGAGGGCGGGGGCGGUGCGGGUACAGUGGCGGGCGAAGAGGAGGAGGACACCACCUCGUCUUUGGCGGGUGCAGGUGGUGAUAUUCCCGAAGAGGUCAUCACCUCCGUCGACAUUGAGGACUGCUACUCCCUGAGGAGACCAGAUUGCGAGUCGUCCGGCUGCUCCUCGCCGGGGACAACGAGUGAGCCCGAGUUGCGAGACUCGCCGUCCCCAUCGCCGAACUCACCGCCAACCUCCAAGAGACAAAGGCUGCUCUUCCUCUCGAACCAGGAGAAUCUCUCCUACCACAAUCACCACACGAACACGUCCUCGUCAUCGGGGGGCAUUCUCGAACCCGCCAGCUCAUCCGAGUGCGGCUCACCACCCACUGUACUCGCCGACUCCUACUACUCCCAUCAGGUCCACCAUCACCACCACCAUCAUCAUCACAACAACAACAACACCGUCACGCAAAAUAAUAACAACAACAACGGCACUGGACCCACUGCCGCCGGAAGCAAGAGGUCCAUGGACGACGUCCUCAAGAGGCUCACCUGCAAAAUGAACACUGGCUCCCUCUGUCUCCAGGACGACGCUAACAAUAGGCGGACACCCCCGCCAUCCUCCACGCCCACCAGUCAUAACACUCACAGUAGCAGCAGCAGCAUAGCAAAUAGUGUCGCACCCUCGCCAACCGGAACCGGAAGGACGCAGAACUCAGACACGGGUCUUCAGGACGGCGCUGCAGCGUUGCACAGGGUCCUCUGUGCGGAGAGUGUCGCCGAGAAGGAGCGAAAGAUUUCUGAAAUGAUACUGCAACUGCAACUGCUUAGGGAUCAUUUGCUGCAAACGCCAGAGCAGAUGAAGACGUAUCCCACUCACAUGACGGUCGACUCGCAGAAGCAAAUCGAGAUGCAGCGGUUACAAGCGGAACAGUUGAAGCGGCAACACAACAUCCAGGAGUUGCAGGCGCAAUUAACAAAAGGCCAACUCAACAUGGCAAGUCCGCAGUCCUUGCUCUUCCUGCCUCUCUUCGAGCAAAUGAAAGGCAUGCCCGUCUCCUCGCAAAUGCCACCUCCAACGUCAACGGCGUCCACCGGAAACAAGCAUAUCAACUCCAUCGCCAACAUGAUUAGCAGCCAUCGAGACGGUCCCAGCUGGGCAACAACACAUCUCGCCCAGAUGACGACGAAGGUGGAGAAGGAGACCUCCCCGGCGCCCGUCUCGGCCGUGACUCCGACAGAGCACUCAUUCCCGGACCCGGACGCGCCGCUGAAUCUCACGAAACCGAAAUCGUCUUCCUCGGGAGCAACGGCUUCCUUGUCGCCGGGCAGCGACUCUCAGUCCAACGGCGCGGGGAGCAGUGGUCAUCAGGAGCAACCGCUGGCGGCUACGGCUCCUAAACUCUUCCCUCCGGGGCUUCCAAUGCCGAGGAACUACCUUCAGAGUCUUCCUUACGCGGGACUCCCGCCUCAUCUCAGCUCACUCACGUCACCGAUAGGUAAAGUAAUGGUGAAAGAAGAGUCGGUGAAUUCGGCGGCACAAGCUGCAGCUGUUAUAGCAGAAAAACACUUCGCGAUGCAUGGACUCUAUGGACUCCCGCCGACUUCGGGCGCGAUGCCACCGUCACCUCAAACUCAACGACCCGUCAAACUUUCGUCAAAUCGGGACGAGCCUCCUCCCGAUGAUGUGGACUUUCUUACAUCUCCUCACAUGUGGAGGGAACAAGGCUACAAGGUUCCAGAAGACAUAACAGAAAAAGCCAAAAUGGUGAGGCAACAGAAGAGGGAAGGGGAAAACAAGCCACAUAUCAAGCGACCAAUGAACGCUUUUAUGGUGUGGGCAAAAGACGAACGAAGGAAGAUCCUUAAAGCAUGUCCUGACAUGCACAAUUCGAACAUAUCCAAAAUUCUCGGAGCACGAUGGAAAGCAAUGUCCAACUCGGAGAAGCAGCCCUACUACGAGGAGCAGUCGCGACUGUCCAAGUUGCACAUGGAAAAGCACCCGGACUACAGGUACAGGCCGCGCCCCAAGCGGACGUGCAUCGUCGACGGGAAGAAGAUGCGAAUCUCCGAGUACAAGUCGCUGAUGCGACAGCGUCGCCAGGAGAUGCGCCAACUGUGGUGCCGCGACGGCGGUCCCGAGAUGGGCUUCCUGUCGCCAGUGAGCUCGGACCUGAGCACGCACCACUCGGGCGCUGGGCCCUCGGCGAGGCCCUCGGUGUCGCCGCCACCCUCGAUGCUCAACGGCGCCGGCCCCAGCUCCGACCACCCCUCGUUCUACUACCCCCAGGACAGUCUGUCGCCCUCGGACGUCAUGAACUUCUCCCCCGACAACUCGGGCUCGAUGGGCGGCUAUGACGCGAGUCCCCGGCACCCGGACGAGGAUUGAACCAUGGCUCCGGGUCCGCCGAACAUUUGGCAACCCGGAGCUUCGAGACUCAGCCACGAAAUGUUCUGGUAACCAGGACGCACGCCAUUUCGACCAGGUCAUAACGUUCCAGCUCCCCGCCGAGCCGCGCCGCGCCGGGAGUCGCACCAGUCGCAGCAGUCGCAGAAUCGACGAGACUUGAAACUUGGUUGUGAUAUUAAAAAAGAAAGGUCUGUCUCUGUGCCAUCGCGCCCCAGUUUUCUGCUCUCAUAGUCUAAAGAAUCCCCCUAGGAGACAUUGAACGAUUUCCGAGUGCAAUCGGACUCACACUCUUUUAAGUAGAUAAAAAAGCAAACUUUUAAUUACAUAAGACUCGAAAAGUCUUGUUCCUAUUAUAAAACCUUCCUAGUGGUUAUUCUGCGAGUAACUUGAAUAACCAUUCAAGCCUCGCACCUGUAGGUCGGAGCAAAACCUCGGGACAACGCUUUUAACCGGUUUCAACUUGCUCGCCUACAUUUACUUAUUGCCGACCUGUACUUUUUUCCGUUUCCGCUCUCAGGAAACGGGAAUCAUCGGAAUCGGCGCAAAUGAUUCCAUAUGCGUUUCGAGUUGUGCAAACUCCGCAGAAAACAGAUGAAAAGAAAACACCUUGUACUUAUAGUAUUUUCAAUCAUUUAUUUAUUGAACCUGACAAAAUGCUGAAAGAGAUUGUUCUGAAUGAAAAUCAGGUCCAACGAAUUUAAUCUUGUCUCGAGAUUUUUCAACGAAAUUACCAUUUGAAAAAUUCUUUAGUUUUACCGGAAAAAUUUUCGAAAGGGCAUAGGGGAAAGAAAAAUCAAUAAACUCAUUUUUUUCGGAAACUACUUAACCGAUUUAAAUGAAAUUUAAAUAUGCCACAA